AUUGAAACGUUUUAAGUAAUUGAGUUAAACAAAAUUAGAGGUUAUAACUCUUCUCUUAAUAUCAUACAAAGUGUUAAAGAAGAAGGAUGUUUCCUUAUAUUUAAAGGUUACAAAAAAUUUAUGUGAAGAGCGCGAUACACAGCAUAAAAUAAAUAGAGUGCUUGUGAAUCUUGUGACUAGACACGUUUCUAAAUUCAUUUACGGAACUCUUGUCAGUUAGUCAGUUAGUUGUGGUGGAAGGAGGACGAGUCCCUCCCUCUAAGAAAGCCACUUUGAAUUCAAAAAAACCUCAUAAUAGUGGGUAGUAGAGAAAAGGACACACUAGAGCCAGCCAAAGGCAUUUAUAAAGGGAAGAAUCUGGUCAACUUUUCCACGAAAGGCUUUUUCCGAAAAAUCCACUAAUUCUUUUCGUAUCUUCAAAAAUCAAAACACGUAGCAAAGUGUUUGUUUGAAGAAGUCAGAUUUGAAAUCUACCAGAUCGUCUCUGGUCUUCAAAAUUGGAAAACAAGCAAAAUAAAAUUCUUAAAUACGAAAGAAAGAAGAUUUUGAAAGAUUUCAAGAUUGGAAUUAGACAAAAUUGAAGUUGCAGAAUAGUUGUUAAUUUGAGAAUCUCAUUGCAAACCAGCAAAUAAGUAGACUUCCUAUCAUACUUUGUGACGCUUUUUGGCUAACGGCGCUUCGGACUAUAAUAUUAAUAAGAUUAAUAUUAAUAUUUAAUAUUGACUUUCAUUUAAUAAAGUAAUAAAGUACAUUCUACUUCAUAGAUAUUCUUCUGGUAAUUCUUCCAAAUACUCGAAAAGCAUUUAAAAGGUUUCCAAAAUGGGUGAUAAUAACAAUGAAGAUAUCUGUAUGAUAUGUUUGGAAAUUAAAACAAAUCCAAAGACGUUGAGAUGCAAGCAUUCGUUUUGUCAUGGAUGCAUUACACAACUAACAAUGCAUUCGAGGUUCUACUUGCAUGGCCCAAAGUGUCCACUCUGUAGAUCCACAUUAGAGGAUAAGCCUCAACAAUCUGCUGCUGGAGGAUCGAACAGACACUCAGGCCUCUUAACUAACUUAAGAGAAGUAAAUGCAAGAGUAAGGAAUAGUGAAAUUUGUGUAGAACGAGCGAUCAGAGAACUACGUCGUGUCUGGUAUGACUUAAGUAGUGACAGUGAUGAAGAUGAUAUAAAUACUAAAAUGCCACGAUGUAGAUCUGUUGAUGUAACUACACAUGCAACAAGUCAUGGAAGAUCAUGCUCAACAGCACAACUUCAAAAUAUUCAACAGGAAAGAGAGAUCGAUUCGAGUAUAAACAAUGACUCCACAUCUGCUAAUCAGCUUGAAGAUCUGAAUAAUUUGGUUGAAAAUGUGCAUAUAGGUGAUGAUGCUAUAAAAACCACUGGAAAUGUUACUGAAACCUCAGAUGAGCUGCUUAAACAGAUUGUCCAAGGUAUAACAGCACAAGGAACCAGUCACAGGGGAUCACUUUCAACACCACAACUUAAUAAUGAUGAGCAGCAAUCAGAGAUUGGCAUGAGUUUUAAUAGUGGUAACCAUAUAAUUGAUGGCACCAUAGAUAGCACUGCUUAUACUAUCAGAGGUUCAGAUGUGGCACAUGAUUUUCAAUCAAUUGACAACGAAAAUUUUCACUUAAACAAUGAUACCUUAAAUAGUGUAGAGCCUGAAGUAGAAUUUAUUACUGAUGUUAGUGCAAAUGAGGAACUCGAUGAAGUUCAAGUUGUUAAUGCAAAUGGAGAACUCGAUGAAGUUCAAGUUGUUAAUGCAAAUGCAGUGCUCGAAGUAGAAUUUAUUACUGAUGUUAAUGCCGAUGGGGAACUCGAUGAAGUUCAAGUUGUUAAUGCAAAUGGGGAACUCGAUGAAGUUCAAGUCGUUAAUGCAUAUGAGGAACUUAAUGAAACUAGUUCAACUAACAAUGAAGAGAAGAUUUAAAAAAAUUUUACUAAGAAUUUAUUUUAAUACAAAUUUUUGAUUCUCUCUACCCCAAUUUCAAAAUUUUCAAACCAUUCAAAAACCUUUUAUUUCAAUAUGAUGAAAAUUAUAGGGUUUUACUAAUUUAAGCCCCAUAAUUCCAAUAUUACUGUACCAACUUUAUUUGGAACAAAAAUUCAAAAAAUGUAAUUCAACAAAAGUUUUUACAAAUAACUAUAUUUUUUUCACAAAGAAUUUUAUUGGACUGAAGAAUGAACGAAAGGUUAAAUAAAAUUUGAGUUCAAUGGGAUGAGAACUAAUUUAAAUUCUUAGCGUCCAAAUUAAAAAA